CGCCGCUGCCGCCGCCGCCAUGCCGGCCCUCCGCCUCCUCCUGCUCCUCGCCGCGCUCUGCCCCGCCGUCCCGGGCCGCCGGGCGCGCCGCGAUGGCCCCGCCAGGAUCGCCGUGGUGGGGGGCGGGCUGGGGGGGGCGGCGGCCGCCUAUUUCCUGCGGCAGAAGUUCGGGAGGAGCGUGCGGCUGGAGGUGGUGGAGAAGGCGGCGGUGGGGGGGCGGCUGGCCACGCUGGAGGUGGAGGGGGCCGGCUACGAGGCGGGGGGGUCCGUCCUCCACCCCCUCUCCCUGGUCCCUGGAGGCCUGGCGGCGGCCCCGGCACAGGGCGGCCUGGCGGGCAUCUAUAACGGGGAAGAGCUGGUGUUCGAAGAGAGCGGCUGGUACCUCCUCAACCUCCUCAAGCUCCUCUGGCGCUACGGCCUCAACCCCCUGCGCAUGGCCAUGUGGGUGGAAGACGUCCUGGAGAAGUUCAUGCGGAUCUAUCGCUACCAGACGCACGACUACGCCUUCAGCAGUAACGAGCGCCUGCUUCACGCCCUGGGAGGGACCGACUUCACCCGCAUGCUCAACCAAACCAUCGACGAGGCCAUGCAGAGAGCCGGCUUCUCCCAGAAAUUCAUCAACGAGGUGGUUUGUCCGGCCAUGAGAGUCAAUUACGGGCAAGGGGUCAACAUCAACAGCUUCGUAGGCGCUGUUUCCCUGGCAGGGGUGGAAUCGGGUCUUUGGUCGGUAAAAGGGGGGAACAAACUCGUCUGCACCGGCCUUCUCUACGCCGCCAAAGCCGACGUCAUCCCUGGCACGGUUUUGUCAAUCGAGCCCAAAACCAGACCCGGCCCCGCCGGGGACCCGGUGAAGCUCUACCACGUCACCUACAACACCACGUCGGGGCUGACGGGGGAGACCUACGACAUCGUCCUCAUCGCGGCUCCGCUGGGCCGCCAAAUGGCCAACAUCGCCUUCAAAAACUUCCACCCUCCCAUCCCGGACUUCCCCAAUCCCUACCACCAGACCGUCGCCACCUUCGUCCACGGCCGAUUAAACGCCUCUUUCUUCGGUUACCGGGACCCGUCCGCUUUUCACCUGGGCGCUAUUUUCACCACGGAGAACCCCAAACUCUUCAUCAACAGCCUGGGGGUGGUGUCUCCGGUGGAAGGCGGCGGCGCCGACGGCACGUCGCCCUCGCCGUCGGCCGUCUGGAAGGUGUUUUCGAAGGAGGUGCUGACCAAAGAGCAGCUGGAUUUGCUUUUCUCCUCCUACGACUCCGUCAAAGCGAAGAAGUGGUUGGCGUACCCCCGCUACAGCCCCCCGGAGAAAUGUCCUCCCGUCGUCCUCCACGACAACCUCUACUACCUGAACGGGCUGGAGCGAGCCGCCAGCGCCAUGGAGAUGAGCGCCAUCGCCGCCAAGAACGCCGCCCUGCUCGCCUACCACCGCUGGCACGGCAACGCCGACAGCAUCGACCAGGAGGAUUUGCACGAGAAGCUGAAAACCGAGCUCUGAGCUCGGCGGAGAGCGCCGUAAUUAAAGCUAACGAACGAGGAACCGUUUCGCCCCCCACAAGGGGACACCCAGCCGAGGAAGCUUUCCCAAGCGAGCUGGGCCUUCCUCGAGCAAACUCUUCCGUCAAAUUCCUCCACCUGUCCCUAAUCGGAGAUUAAAAAAGAUAUUUUAAAUGCCGUAUUGACGCCCUCCGGGGUCGGGACUCUGCCAAACUCAGGAUCCGCGUCACUGUGAUUAACCCCUGCGCAUCGCCUUCCCUCACUGGGCGCGUCUCAGGCAAGGGGGGGGAAAAAAAAAAGAAAAAAAUCAAUUUAUUGAUUGUAAAUCUCUGCCUUAGCCCUUUUCCAUAGGAUUUAUCGAGUAGUUAUUCCUCAGGGUGGGAUCGGUGCCGUGGAAAUCGGGGCUGCCGCCUUAAUUUGCUUCCAGAAUGAGUACUGGAGUUUACGGUUUGGGUGGAACUGGGAGCACUGGAGUUGCCAAAACGGGUGGUAAAUAAGCAAAACCACUGCUAGAAACACUAAUAAUUUAAACGCCCUGACCCCACAGCGGGGCAGCCCCUAGUUUUGGGUAGGGAAAAAUCCCUUUUCAGGAAAAUACUGCGUCCCUUGACUGUAUCUAAUGCCGCUGCAAUACCUCAACCCUGUCCGAAGAUAAAAAUUAAGGUUUAAUAAUAAUAAAAUUAACACAGUGGUUGGAAAAUAA